AUGUUAAUUUUCAUUUCGCUGUCUCUGCGAGUAAAGGCUCUGAAGCGUCAGGUGGACGAGAGUGAGGAGGAGGUGGAGCGUCUGGAGGGCGUCAGACGGAAGGUUCUGCGGGAUCUUGAGGAGCAGCGGGAGCUGCAGGAGGUGCUACUGGCCAAAGUCAACACACUGGAGAACGAGCUCAAGAGGAAGGUUCAGCAAUCACGGUGUCCGACUCUUGGAAGUGCCUUAAGUUCUGAGGAAGAGGACAGCUACUCUGACUCAAAAAGCAUCACAUCUAUUCUCACAGAAAUGCCACUUCUGACCACCAACUGUUAAAGACUGAGCGAUAGAUGGAAAUAUCUUUUGCACACGUUUGAUUUGUGUUUUCUUGUAAAUGUACAAAUAACAAGACAUGAUUUUGAUCAUAUGUAUUAGAUUGAUCAUAUGUAUUAGACAUGAAGGAUAAAAAUGACAUGAAUUCAACAUUCUGAAAAAGGUGUUGCAGACUGCUAGCCUUUUCAACAGGAAGUGAUGUCAGGUGUCUUUGACAGGGGUUGAUGGAUUAGACUGGUUUGAGGGCCUAAUAAAGCAGUCAGUGUGAAGAUUUGUCAACCAAAAGCUCCUUUAGUAUUGCUUUUGCUGAAACUGGUUAAUUGUGAAGGAAAUUAGUUUUUUGUUCUUGCUUCUGUGUUUGAGUGUCAUGUUCUUUGUUUGACUCACAGUACAUUUUAUUUCUAUAUUUCAUAUUUAAAUGUGAUUAGGAUUAAGGAUUUUAACAUUCUUAAUCGUAUUAUCAAAAUUCCAUGUGGUAAUGGAAAAAAUAUCAAUGAAGAAUUUUAUCUUUAUACAUGAUGGUUACUUUAGCUCAAAAUUAUUUUGAAUCCUCACAAAGAGAGGAAAUUUCAAAUGAAACACUGUCGUAAGUUUUUGCCCUAUUAUCUUUAAUGUUAUGCACUAGUAUAAAUAAUAGUGAAGGACAUUUACAAGGCUUCUUUUUAUGUUGCUUUCAAGCAGGUUUUAAUUUCAGAAGUAAGCUUGCAAUGUGAAUGACACCUUUUGUGCCAAGACCGAAAAAGGAAAAAAUCUUGUGAUGUAAUGGCUUCAAAAAAUAUAUAUUUGCAUUCAAUUUUCAUACAUUUAGAUGGCAAAUAAAACUUUUUUUUUGUAAUUUUUUCCAGAGAAAUAUAUGUGCUGUACUGUAUAUUGAGAUUUAUCAAAAUGUACACUGUCAGAUAAUUUGUAACUCUUAAAAAACUGAUUUGGACAACAACUUCAUAUUACACUGUACAAUAUUAGAUAUGUAU